AAACAAAUCUAGUAGUACUAAUUUAUAAUGUCGCCACCACUUUAGUAGCUGAAGCAGCUCUCUGACCCGUUUCGCGCACAACACAGUGACUGAAAAUCUGCGCCAAGGAUAAUUUCCAUGUGUAACCUCUCAAGGUGAAGGCAUCAUAUUUCAGCUCGUACUAGAACAAGUUAAUGCAUACAAAUAUAUGAAUUGUGUGAUUAAUUUACCCUUAGCUUUUACUGAUGUUGGAAAGCACUAUUUCGGAUGGAGAAAGCCAAAUUCUUUUCUUAAUGGAUAUUCAUUCUGGGUUUGCUAAUUUACUGGAACAGUUCUUGUCAUUAGGGAUCACUUUUGAAAUGCAUUGAUGGGUCCAAAGAAGUGUUUUUAAUCCGUGAUUGACAAUUUUUGGGUUUUGUGUGGCAUGUGUGUAGGUGAUUGAUUAAUCUGUUUGGAUCAGUAGACUCUUCACAUAUAACUACUACUAGGCAUUUGGAAUAGAAGUUGUUAUGUAAACAUGUUCACCUUCUUGCCUUCUCUCAGAAACUCUCUCCUACUCCACACUUCAAACUUCCGACCACCAAGCUUUACUUAUUUCCGGUCCUCCAUUGAUGUUGGAUAGGUGGAGUGUUUACUUUGUGCCCGUUUCUUUAUUGUUUCUCCCCAAUGUGGGAGUAGUUUACUUUUUCUACGCUUCUGUGGAAGUGGUCUUCUUCCCUCAUUGUGAGUGGAAGUUUCUUCUCUGCUUCUUUGUGGGAGUCUUUUCCAUCCGGUAAGUUUUUUAGGCUGUGUUUUUUGGAGUUUGUAUGUGCAGUUUUGGAUUUAACAUCUUGAUUCUUCAUACAUAUGCAAAGGAAUUUGGAUAUUUGGUUGCUUUUUCGUCUUUGAAGUGCGAGCUUAGUGCUUUAACUGGGAUUUCAGCCUUCUGUCUUCACAUUUGGCAAUUUUAUUUGCCAAUUCUCUCAUCUAUGGCUUCGUUCAAGGCGUUUCUGAACAGUCCCGUUGGUCCCAAAACAACUCACUUUUGGGGCCCGAUAGCUAACUGGGGUUUCGUUGUUGCUGGAUUGGUGGACAUGAAGAAACCUCCGGAAAUGAUAUCUGGCAACAUGACUGCAGCGAUGUGUGUAUAUUCUGGGCUGUUCAUGAGGUUUGCUUGGAUGGUUCAGCCCCGUAACUACCUGCUUCUUGCCUGCCAUGCUUCAAAUGAGACCGUGCAGCUCUAUCAGCUCUCUCGUUGGGCCAAGGCUCAAGGGUAUUUGAAGGCGAAGAAGGAGACCGCGCCUCAAUAACUGCUUUGCUUUCUGAAUCCACCAACACCAUUUGUUUUGUGGCUUCACUUCAUCAUUUUAUCUUACUUUCUUCUGCCGUUACCCUUUCUAACUAUGUUAUAUUAAAUCCCAAAAAAGGUUUAUCGCGUUGUGGCUUGGAUUCAGAAA